AUGCAGUCGAUCGAACUGUUUGUAUAUGAGGACCAAAAGCCACCCAAUGACCCGGACGAGGAUGCCGCCGCAAGGAUGCGAUUGAAGCGCAAACUGCAGCGGAACCGCACUUCGUUCAGUCAAGAGCAGAUUGAAGCCUUAGAAAAA